GUGAGCGCGCACCGCAAUUCGGAUCGGCGCGCGGAUGAUGAUGAUGAUGAUGAUGAUGAUGAUGAGAGCGUGACCUCACCGCUUUCUGCACAGCUGCUGGAUGGGGGGGAUAAGGGGGAGACGCACACACACACACACUCAGAGAGGGAGAGAGGACGCGAGGAACAGGACCGCGUUCGCAACACAGUCGUGAGUGCGACGCGCGCAGGGGACUCCGUCGCGGGGCGUCCGUUGGCUGCUUCUCACCCCCCCACCCCCCCUUCCCCAACCGCCCGCCCGCCGCCGGUCCGCCUCCCAGGAUGUUCUGCGCCCCCGGUUCCUUUCCACGGUACACCAACCAGUCGCCGCGGCGCCCCCACGGACACUGAAAGCCCAGAUGCUCGCCCUCUCCGCGGACAUGGACGAGUCCUCGUCUCUGCUGGAUCUGCUGGAGUGCUCGGUGUGCCUGGAGCGCCUGGACACCACGGCCAAGGUGCUGCCGUGCCAGCACACCUUCUGCCGCCGCUGCCUGGAGAACAUCGUCAGCUCCCGGAACGAGCUGCGCUGCCCGGAGUGUCGCAUCCUGGUGGACUGCGGGGUGGACGAACUGCCGGCCAACAUCCUGCUGGUUCGCCUGCUGGACGGCAUCAAGCAGCGGCCCCAGCGAGGUGGUGGUGGAGGAGGAGGAGGAGCGGGCGGAAGGCUGUCCCUGGCCGGGGGCUCGCUGCAGGCGUACGCAGCCGGGAUAUGCGCUUCUCCCCCGGGCAGUGCGAUCAGAGAGCUGCCCGUGGCCAUCAGGAGCUCCCCUGUCAAGAACAUCCCAGCACUGCCUUGCGGCAAAGCCCUCUACACCUACGAAGGAAAAGAACCGGGCGAUCUCCAAUUCUCCAAGGGCGACAUCAUCAUCCUGCGACGCAAGGUGGACGACAACUGGUACCACGGCGAGCUCAGCGGUCGCCACGGCUUUUUGCCCGCUAGUUACAUCCAGCUGCUGCGACCCCUGAGCCAGACUCCGCCCCAGGGCAAAGCGCUGUACGACUUUGAAGUCAAGGAUAAAGACCAGGACAAAGACUGUCUGGCCUUCAGCAAGGAUGAGGUACUGACAGUAAUCAGGCGAGUGGACGAGAACUGGGCAGAAGGCAUGCUGGGAGACAAGAUUGGCAUCUUCCCCAUUCUCUAUGUGGAGUUGAACGAAACGGCCAAGCAGUUGAUGGAGAUGGACAAGGCCGCGCCAACAAACGCGCCGGGUCCGAGCUCCGAGCCAGCCCCGCUGGGCCCCUGCUCCCCUGGCCCCUCCCCCAGGGCUUCCCCGUCCAAUGGAAACGGCUCCAGCCAUCGGAGAGGCGAGGGGAAGAAGAACGCCAAGAAGAGGCAUUCGUUCUCCGCGCUGUCCGUCAGCCAGAGGGCCGCCCAGCUCAACAACAGGCACAGCAUGGAGAUCUCCCACCCGGUCCUCAUCAGCUCGUCCGACCCCAGAGCCGCUGCACGCAUCCAGGAUGCGUCUCACCCGGGUCCCUCCCCCUCGUUGGCAGGGGUACUGGUGCCACCCAAAGUGGCAUCCAUAACCUCCGAGCUGCUGGCCCAUGCCAAAGUUCAGCUGCCGCUCAACAUAUACCUGGCUUUAUACGCCUACAAGCCCCAGAAGGCUGACGAGCUCGAGCUUAGGAAAGGAGAGAUGUAUCGGGUGACAGAGAAGUGUCAAGACGGCUGGUUCAAAGGAACCUCGCUGAGAACUGCAGCCUCUGGUGUCUUCCCGGGAAACUACGUCACCCCGGUGUCCAGGGCUCCGUUUGGAGUUGGCUCUUCUCGGGGAUCGUCUUUGUCCAGUUCAGUGGGUGGAGGAGGAGGAGGAAGUGGGUGCAGUAAAGCCUCAGACCCUUCGUCCCCAGGGUCCCCGGGGCCCUCUUCGUCCCGUCCCUCCACCCCACUGGGGAGCUCUGUGAACGGCACAGGCCCCGCCUCCUCGCCGCAAACUGCCGCCGCGCAGCUGAAGAAAUGCCUGCACUUCAGUCAGCACACGGUUAAUCAGACGCGCACCUCAAUGCAGCUGGUCCACAGUCCUCCUGCUGGAAGCCCCGAGCGGCCCUCCGUGGCCCUCUCCCCCCUGCGCCCUCAGAGCUCCUCCCCCUCACGCUGCCCCGGCCAAUCGGGUCGCCCUCUCUCCAUGGUGUCUCCGGGACCCAGCCUGGGGCCCUCACCCCUCUCCUCUCCCGCCUCGAGGCCCCUCCUCCCCCUCUCGUCCCCGCUCUCGUGCCUCACGCCUCCCAACGUGUCGCCGGCGCUCCUCAACGGGGACCCAGGCGGCCCCCUGCAGCCGCCAUCGCCAGGCCCCUCCCAGUGCAUCCUCGCACCCAAACCAGAGAAGAAGGAGAGGAAAGCCGGUGGGUUAUUAAAGCUCUUGUCGGGGCACGCGGCCAAGAAGAAACCUCGCUCCCCUCCUUCCUCCCCGCCCACCAACGACGCCGACGCCGCCCACCAUCCUCGCCACCAUCACCACCACCACGGCCGCUCGGGUUCCUGUCCGUUGGCGUCGCACGGGCGAGCCGGCUCCUGCCCGAUCGAGGGCGAGAUGGCGGGGGCGAUCGGGCUGGAGCCCCUGCACAGGAAGUCUGGCUCUCUGGACACCAACUUCCCCCUGUCGCCCCCGGCAACGCGCGCCAGCAACGGUCUGAUGGUCCUCCGGCCUGAACCCAAACCCCUGUCCAGAGAGAGGUACCGCGUGGUGGUGCCCUACCCCCCCCAGAGCGAGGCGGAGAUCGAGCUGCGGGAAGGGGACGUGGUGUUUGUCCACAAGAAGAGGGAGGACGGCUGGUUCAAAGGCACCCUGCAGAGGACCGGGCAGACCGGCCUGUUUCCCAGCAGCUUCGUCGAGAGCUUCUGAACUGGAAAAAGUGGACGAAAGAACAAAGAACUGUUCCUGUUUCUGAGUCGCACACACAGACACACACACACACACACACACACAACAGCUGCACAUCCGCACAAGGGACGGACAGACAUUGGUUAAACAAGUCACACUUUCAGAUUAAAGACGCACAUCGCAAACCGGAAGUCUUUUAUCAGAUGAAAACCAUGAUGAAUAGUAAUUGUCUUCAGAAACCCACGUCUGUCCAACCAAUUCAAACACACACACACACACACACACACACACAUAAUGGAAAGCUAGCCCCGAGCUUCCACCAGCUACACAGGAAGCGAGGCGGCCCGGCUUUGUUAUCCGAGGAGCUCCAGCAGACUCCUUGGACAUGGUUGACUACUGAAGGCACACGAGACUCCCGAGAGCACAGAGAGACAAACCCUGCCGCCCUGUCCUCCUCCUCGGCGUCGUCCACCAGCAAACCCCAGCACAAGAAGCAUCCGCUCUGCUUUCCACUGAGACCUCACAACUUGAAUUUGGGCGCCGUCUUUGUUCGAAACGAGCCGACUUGUGUGAACCACGAGUCCACGUCUAGUUUCUGACAACAAGCACAUUUGUUUGUUACCAACUCCAUAUAUGUUAAUAACAAUGCAUGUAGCAUUAUGUUUUUUGUUAUUUUCAUAUAUAUAUAGAUAUAUGUGUGUACGUAUGUGUUGAAAUGGAUUUUGUCCCAAACGGAGUCAAGCUGUGAUGAUCUGUCACAAAACAAAUGCUGAAAUAUUGGUGAAUCAUUCUUCUAUUUAUACCAUUUACAUACAUUUAUAGAGCUUAAUUUGACCUUUACAGACCCCCACGUUUGGGUUAAACCAAAUGAAGAAUGAAGUAACAAACAAGUUUUGAUUUUUGGUUGAUAGAAUUUGUCUUUUUAUGUGGAAUUAGAGAGACAAAGAAUGCACUUGGUGAUAUUUAAUAAAAUACCGUCAUGAUUUACUUGACGGUGUUUCCAGUGCAAGUUCAUAAACAAACCAAGAACAAAAGCAACUAAUCAGAAAAUCAGAAACACAGUUUGGUUUUACUGUUGAGUUUUUUGAAGCAAUAUUUUAAAACCAAAUGUGUGUGGAUUCAAUGCUCAUAGGAGAACGUACAGUGGAGGAGGAAACACCUGAAGUCAGAAAGCAGGGACACAAGAUUCUCAUCACACAACGGCCGACCUUUGACGACCUUUCCUCCGACCUUGUCGAUCUCUGCCGAGUAUUUUUGUACGGCCUCAGUGAGUGUACAGUCAGUCUGCUUCGUGAAUUUCUUGGUGUGGAUCACGGCUUGUCUAGUUUACAUCCAGCAACAACCAUCUACCUUGUUUCCCUGUUUCUGGAGAUGAAGCACAGCAACUGUGACUUGCUAACUUUCUUGGUGAACACCAUUUAUUUUACAAAAAAGGCAAUAAAUACACAAUCUUAGAUAGAAUAUACUACUUUUUGUUUUUCUUGAAUUUCAUCAACGAAAAGCUUCGUCGGAGUGAACAAGACGUUAAGUCAUUUCCUUUUUACGACAAGCACAACACAGAAAUUGUAUUACAGAGACAAAAUUUGAAAAAUGUACAAAAAAAAAUCUGUUUUCUCUGACCACAUCUAUGGAUAAUGUUACAUGAUAGAUAUUUUUAUUCUUAUUUUUUUCUAUGGAAUUCCUUUCUGUGUAAUACUUCUUACUGAGAAAAAGCAGUAGCAAACUUUUCUUUUUAUUGUAAAAAAAGCAUUACCUUGACCUUGAAGGGGAGGUGGCCUGUUAAUGAGAUUUGUGUUUUUUUUCAUCCCAAUGUUUAGAUUACAGGGAAAAGAACUCAACCGCGGUCUCUCAUACUGUGAAGGAAAGUGAACAAAAACCUGGAAGUGAACUGAACGAAGUGAUCGCAGCGUUGGCAGUGCAACGUGAGCAACUGAUGAAACCAAAAACACAAUUAGAUUCUCCUUAGUCACAUAUUUAAAAACACAUGCAGUUACGAACUAGGGCUAUUCUGACAAAUACCACUCCAUCAGUCACGUACCUAUUUCACACAAGUGUGAUAUCCCACAGGGAUUUUUAAUUAAGUGGUUUAAGUUAAAUUAAAUACAGAAUAUAGUUUAUUUGCUUUGAAAACUGUCAAAAACUACGAUGAUGUAAGUUAUUGGAAGCUUCAAUCCAAAAAAAGCGGCCUUCAAAACCUGUCAGUCGAAUCCCAGUGCCUACAAACGCACACUGAGUAUUUACAUCAGGCGGGCCAACGCGCCGCUUGUCUCCUCCUCACGCUCCGUCUCCUCUUGUGGGGAACGAUGAGCCGGCUGCUUGUCCUCUUUUUUUGCAGCUCCGCUUCGUUCGGCUACAUGACAAAAAAAAAAAGUUUAAAAAACAGAAAACACAAAUCCCAGAACUCGCACAGGUUUCCCCUCGUCUGUUUGUACCCGGCUGAAAAGAGGACAAACCCAAGCACAGGUCCUUGUCCGUCUUGAUUUGGAGGAGGAGAGUUUACAACAGUUGAAGCAUCAGGAAUUUAAAAAAAAACACAGCGGUCACUGUUCGAAUAGAAUAUAUUGAACCGCUGGUUUCGCAAAUGUCGUCUGUGUUUUAUUUACGUGAUGUACACUUUUUUUUUGUUUUUUUGCUUCAGGCUUCCUGGUUGUAAAUACCUCUUGACUUUUGUGAACAAGCCAUCGGCAGCAGCGGUAAUUCCCAUUUGGACAGGAACUCAACAGAAAACACUUGCAAUAUUUUCAUUGGACUUGAUAGAAAACGAAUGUCCGCUGUCUUUUUUUCGUCCUUCGAGGAGGCCUGAGCCCUCACCCUGCCAUCUUGAAUUAGAUGUCGGCCAUAUUUGUUCCUAUGGAUACCUGUGUGUGUGUGUGUGUGUGUACGGUGGGGGCCUGUGUAUGUAGCUCUUUACAUAAAAAGGAACUUUAUGAGAAGGUUUGGUGCAGCGUGGACUCUCACGCCUCAUCAGAACUGAGUCGGGCUCAAAACAACGGUACAUCGAGGGAAACAGAAAAAAAAGUAUAUAUAUUAUUCUAUAUUGUGCAGAAUAUUUAUAGGCCUUUUGUGCCAUUGAAGUCAUGCUCUGCGCUGGCAAAGCAGCGCGCUCUACCAUGUGAUCAUUAUACAUCGUCUUGUACCGAUGACCCGUGGUUGAUUUGAUUGUUUUUUCAUGUCAAGUGCAUUUUUCGCAAUAAAUGCCUUUGUUUUAAAACAGA